AUGGUGACCAGAGGAUUUAUUCUCGCUGCUUUGGCUGGCGCUGCUUUGGCCCUGACUUCGGCAGAUCUAGUGACAGUUCUCAACCCCACUAACGGAACUUCCACCAUCAGUCAGGUGGUGUCAGAAGUCCCAGGCUUUCUGGAGGCUAUAUCUGGGAAGACAAACCUGACCUUCCUCGCCCCGAACGAUACAGCUAUUGCCGAGCUCUUGAAUUACUACAUCGCGCCCACCCUGUUGACCUCGAGCAAUUACACCAAUGUGACCGGUGGACAAGAUGUUGGUAUUUACUACGACGACGACGAGAAUGUCGUUGGCUUCUAUGGUGGAUUGGACUACAAUCCCGAAGGACCAGCGACGCCAAUCCCGUUCGGGAAAGGAUGGAUCUAUAUUAUCAACGGCGUCUUGCAGAUUCCCCCAAGCGUCUCGGAGACGGUGGCUUCAGGCGACUUCAACGGCAGUUCCUUCGUGGCAGCCCUGAACAAAACCGGUCUGACUGAACAAAUUGAUCGGCUCCACGAUGCGACUUAUCUCAUUCCUGACAACGAUGGUUUCACGGCUGUCGAGGAAGCGCUCUCGGAGUUGAGCACCGAGCAACUGGCUGAAGUGCUCAAAUACCAUGUCGUGGCCGGCAGAGUUUGGCACUUUGACGACUUCGAAAACGGGACGCAGUUGACCACGUUGCAAGGCCAGUCUUUGACAGUAUCCGUCACCCCAGCAGGAGAUUACUUCAUCAACAAUGCUGGGAUUAACUAUGUCGACCUCGCCGUGUCUGAAGGCGUCGUCAUUUUCGUUGACAACGUCCUGAACCCUCAUGCCUCAUGGACCCUGCCAGUCAAUGGUACUGAAGACGGGGUACCUGCCUGGCCGGUCUCGAACACCGCCUCAAGUACGGCAUCGGCCAGCAGCACGCUUGCCACUGCCACCUACACGGGUCUGGCUGCUGCACCAUUGAAGACUGGGCGGUGGGUGCCGCUGCACUGUUCGGCGGCGCUGCACUGGCCCUCGUUCUGUAGAAGAAUGGAGUUGACAAGGCCUCGUAGCUCGACGAAAUGA